AAUGAAACAAACGGCGAGGAAGCGGCAUAGUGCUGCAAAAAACUCCAAAGAAGGGGACUGAGGACUGAGAGAAGUCAGAAAGGGGUGCAUUUGCAGAGUUUUGAUUCCAUUUCCAUUGUCCAUUUCCUCUCUCUCUCUCUCUCUCACACACACACACACACAGCCCUCGUGACAUCCGUCCUUCUCCACUUUCCCCCAAUCACCAAACAUUUUACCAUCCAUAUAUUAUUUGUGGCUUCUCGAAUACGGUUUUCUUUUGUUUCACCGGCAUUCUAUUCUUUCAACUUUCUUCCUCACAAGCACGAGCUAUCGCUUUCGGAUCGGCGAAAUUCACUGCAUUUAUCUUAUAAAAUCAAAAUUCUCAGAUGAUUACGAGCGAGCAAGAUCCGGAUGUUGUCCGAUGGGGUCUCCAGUUGUUUGACAGUGAUCCCUAUUCUAACUAUGCCUAUAGUGGUGUCAUACCCCAUAACAGUGUAGAUUACUAUCAGGACCAUUACUUCAAGGAUGAUCAUUUUAAUGCGGGAUCUAGCAAUGAGGAAAAUCACAACUUCAGUGCACAGCGCCUCCAGGAAGAACUGUCUCAACUUUCAGUCGCUGAACCUCCCUCAAAUCUCCAUCCAAUGGUAGAACAUACACAAACGCAUUUUUAUCCACAAGACUGGUUUAGUCAACCUAUGGGACACUACAUUAUUGGAGAAGACAAUUGUGAUGAAGAAGAAACAAGUAAUGGACCUUCCACUUCAUGCUCUAGUCCAGGAGAAGAGUCAUACACAGGAGAAGAUUGGUCGUAUUCACUUGAAUUGAUGGAUGAAUACGAUCUUGAUGGUGAAGUAGGGAAAAGAUUGAACCAGAUGAUUCCAAUUCCCCAUAUUCCCAGAAUCAAUGGUGAAAUACCAUCAAUUGAUGAGGCAACCUUAGAUCAUCAAAGACUUCUUGACAGAUUACAGGUCUAUGAACUAGUCGAAUUUAAAGUUCAAGGUGAUGGUAAUUGUCAGUUUCGUGCUUUGUCCGACCAAUUUUACCGCACCCCUGAGCAUCACAAAUUUGUCAGACAGCAAGUUGUGAAUCAGCUCAAGUCAUGCCCAGAGAUGUACGAUGGAUAUGUUCCCAUGGCCUAUCAUGAUUACCUGAAGAAGAUGUCAAAGGAUGGGGAGUGGGGUGAUCAUGUAACUCUACAAGCAGCUUCAGAUUCAUAUGGUGUAAAAAUAUUGGUGAUAACAUCUUUCAGAGAUACCUGCUACAUUGAGAUACUUCCCACCAUUCAAAAGUCUGAACGAGUUAUCUUCUUGAGCUUUUGGGCCGAGGUUCACUACAACUCAAUAUAUCCUGAACGAGAUAUCACAGCUAUUGAGAUGAAAAAGAAGUACUUAGCCAUUUCAGAUGAACAAUUAGAAUCUCAAGAUGGUUACAGUUGAUAGACUGCAGCAACACAUGAUGUUUGCUAUAAUGCUUCUGCAAGUUACUGAUAACCAGCUCUGUUUUGGUGCUGCUCAGGGUGCAGCCAAUUUUUUCAUGACAUUCUUUCCCUAGAGCAAUCUGUGUUUUGGGGUUGAACUUACACUCUUCAUCUUUGCUAAUCCAGAAACAAGUCUGAUAUUACUCUUCCUUCAGUAUGUUUACCUUGAAUAAUCUGUGAUGCAUACUCAGAUGCAUCAUUUCUUCUCUUCUUUUCUUAACCUUUAAUAGCCAGAUGUACAGGUGAAUAUUUGAUUUCUGAGACGUAUCAUAUUUAUCUGAUCCAAGGUAAUAGCGUUUAUAACUAUCUCCAUUCCAUUUCA